GCUGCUGAAUGCAAAAUUCUUGUCUGACAAUCUUACAUAGUUUUCGUGGCCAGUAGCCCUGCCCCAGGCGGUGGCACGGGUGAUGUGAAUGUCACCGAGUCGCGCAGGCGUGAAAUGUUGUAAACGAAACUUAAUGGAACCGAGAUGAGUUGCAGCUGGCGGAGGGUUGUGCCAACACCGCGCGCCCUCACCCUCUUUCUGGUACUGGUUGGCUUUGGGCUGGUGCUGUUCAUCUACCUGCCACGAUCAUUCGAGGAACGCCUGGUCCGAUCACCGCGCCGAAGAAUUCCAGUGCUGCUAGCCUACGAAGGUGAAGCCGAGGUGCACACAUUCUUCUGCGACACCCACACGACGCAGUGCCCACGCAUCGAGUUCACGCCGGCUUCCGGGUGGCAGGGAGGGAUCCCGGGUGUACCCGACCUGCACCUGCUCUCUGCGCACUACGACACUCGCGUAUGGGUGCACGGCGGGAAGAAUCGGCAUUAUGUCAGGCUACUCGGUGUCAUCAAAUCGGAGGAUGCAGACUCCCUCCGCUUCUUCUGUCAGAUGUGGUACCAAGAACUGCCGCAUCCCAUAGUCGUGGAAUCGGAUCGCACCGAGAUAUGGCUACCAGCAUGGGACGGGCGUUCCCCGCCUGGCCGCUACUACCGACCUUUCAUCUUCUCCUGUCCCGUGCCAUUUAACGUCUCUAGUCCUCUCAACAGUGGUCCCGCCAACGUGUCGCUCGUUGCUGAACCGUGUGCCUGUCCUCCCAAUUCUCUAGCUCUCUCGAAGACUCCCGAGAAAGACCCAAAACGUGGGAUUGCGGUGUGUGUUAAGGGGCUGGACUUCCCCGAAGACAUCUCUGCCCGCCUGGUGGAAUGGCUCGAACUCCAGUUCCUCCUAGGUGCCGACACGGUGUUCUUCUACAUCUUCCAGGUUCAUCCCAAGGUGGACCUCAUCUUGCGUUACUACCGCCGGUUUCGUCGGGUCCAAUUCGAAAGAAUCCAACUGCCGGGUUUGGAUGAGCCGCACAUUCCAGCCAAGCGGAGGCAGUACCUCACCAACAACACGUGGCAGAAGCGCCGGCACGAACUGGUCCCUUACAAUGACUGCUAUUACCGGCACAUCCCAACCCACGAGUUCGUUCUUCUCGUCGACAUCGACGAAGUCAUUCUGCCGCGCCGGCACUCAACGUGGCAGGAGCUGCUCAACGACAUCGUCUCCACAAAGCCUAAAAUGCUGGCGACGUACGCCUCCCUGGCUGUGCCCAACGUCUACUUCUUCGACCACUUUGAGCGUGAGAAAAGCUGGUCUUGGUUUCUCAGCCGAGUUACGCGGUCGGCCAACUUCACUCGACCCGGGUUUGCGGUUAAGAGUUUCUUCACCACAAACUCCUCCCUGGCCGUGUUUAACCAUUACACUCUUGUGCCACUCUAUGGGAAGCUCCAGCGAACUGUCCUGUUAAGCAAGGAGGACGUGCAGCUAAACCACUACAGGGCUAAGUGUCCUGCCGAAAUGGAAGCCCUUUGUAAGGACGACUACUUCCGUUUCACAGUGAAGGAUAAGACAUUGUGGAAGUUCGAGAGCAAGUUUUUUAGUAAAGUAAAGGAAACGAAGGAAGGUCUGAGAACAAAGUUUCUUGUUCAUGUUGGAAAGGAGGGCACCAGUUGAUGCCGUCGGAAAGUACCGGAUAGCUCAAUUUCUGCAAACCAGAAGUGGCAUAAUUAAGCGUUCUACACAAAAGCCAAAUACAGGCCGAGUUACAUUGCACUUUCACAUAGAAAGCUUUCGCUCACAAGACUGCUAGCAAAGGUUAUGUAAGGAACCUAAAACAGCAGGAAAAGCGAAUUCAUGCCUCAAGUUACUGUAUUGUACCCAUAUUACCAAUAGUGUAAACAAAUGCUCCAUGAAGAAUGUGAAAUACCAGAGGUAUAAUUAGGCUAGGUCAAUGACAAGUUUUUGUUGUUUAAAGGCCAACAGCGAUGAAAUUUCAGGAAAGCUUAAGGGCUGGUAAAUGUCCCAACAUCCUCAUGGUCAGCGGAUAUGACACACAUCCCGGGUCAUAGCCUCCAAUACGUUUAGUGGUGCAGCGCAAAUUCCUUGCAAUCUCAGAGGUCAUGUCGAAGAGUCAGCCACACUGGCUGGCUGUAUUCUUUACAGUUCUGCUUGUUUUAAGAGAUAGUGAAUAUUUGCUAGCAUUUUGUUAUCCAUCCACUCAAACUUCGAAUGUACAGUUACACACAGGGGCCGUUUUGAACCUACAAAUCCCGAACUCGCCUGUUUAUGCAUUCCGAAAUUUUCUUGCAGUGAGCCUUUAAGAAAAAAUGGAUGUUUUGCUUUUGUAAUUAUUCUCAGUGCAUCGUAUCAUUUGUGUUGCAUUUGAAGAAUUGUGCACAGCACUUCACCCAAUCAGGCCACACAACAUUUUUUUUGUGUGUGUAGUGCAGGCUUUUUGUGAUAGUGGAUUGCUGAACACGAUAGUCCUGGUGCAGCUAAAAACUUGAGGUAGUGAAGAGACAACAGAAGGCUGCAUUUCUCAAACUUUUAUAUACACCCUCCAUUUAUGAUAUUUUAGUCAUGACAAUGAGCUUAGUCCUUAGUUUCAUUUCCGUAGGUGCUUAGUUUCAUUUUUGUAGGUGGCAAGUUUGAGUACUCCAUGCAUGUGAGAAUGGAAGUUUGUAAGAAAGAAUUCAUAAUCACUAUAUAACACUAGCAUGCAGAAUUUGGGAAAAAAAAAAUAAAGGAUUUGCCGCCAGUACUUGCCUUAACAUGCAGAAAGAAAUGUAAAGAGAGUCCUCCAUAAGGCAAACAUCACUCCAAUUCUAAAAACACUAGUUACAAUCAAAUCCUAAGACUCACAAUAGUAAAAUGCCAAGCUUUCAGGUAUUUUUCUUUUUUUUCUUCUUUUGCAUAAAACUAGCUGUGCAAUGGGAGCUACACUCUCCCUGCACGUUCAGUCAGGAAAAUCACAGUUGCGCUCGAGACAGAGCGUUAGCUUCAUGCCAUAGCGGUGGGUCCAAGCCUCAAUUGAGACAGGAGUUUAUCAGUCAUUGCAGUGUCCAGCACUCUGUGCUCAUGUUUGUACAGCUUCACUCACUGGCAGCUCAUGAGGCAUUCUACCCUCCUGUCAUGCCUAGGAACCCCUGUCUUUUUUAGCAUGACUGAAUUGUUUAGAUGCUGUAUAUCUUUGACGAGAUCUACAGUGGCUGAAAGGUAUGUCUUGGAGUGAAUGUUUUGACAGGGGACUUCGUCUUGGUCAGGCCAAUGCAACCAACCCAAUUAGCUCGUUUGCACUUGAUAUCUAGAUGGUCCCUCAUCCAUGUCCAUUCAAGUUUCUAGAGUCGACAAGUCCCCUUGUCAAAGUAUUGGCUAGAGACAUCCCUACGCCUUUUUCUUCUCCAUCCUACGUCAUGUUAAAGAAUGUAAAGUUACUUGUGGACAUCAGCAGAGCCAUUUUGGUAAUUUAAUACAAUCUCAGUGUUCUUUCAGGAUCUGAAAUUCAAACCAGUGAUUUUUUUUUUACUACAACCAUCCGAGUGAUACGACGAACAAAGUCAAUCUGACGUGUGCCAUUAUCUGCUUGUGCUAGCAGAAAUGAUUUUUUUGAUGAACUUUUUCAUUGUUUCGUCAUAAUGUAGUGGAUGCCCUGGGCAGCUGUUUUAACUCUCCUUUACAAUGAAAAUAUUUUUACCGGUGGCCAUGGAGCCCUAAACAGUGCCUUACCAACGUAGAGGAGCUGUGUUGAUACCAGUGUUUUUGUAGGAAAUGAGUGUAGAUCUGUAACCAUGUCCAAUGUCAUGAUGCCUGUUGUAUCCAUUUAUACUUGGCCAUGUUUGAUCUUUUGUUACUUUUUUUAACGGCAUGCCUUUUCAUGCUUGUGUGUAUCUCGUCGUAAAUGAAUCUCACACGCGUAGUUGCCUUUUAGUGCACUUUUAGCAAGAAAGAUUUGUGUUGUCUUUCUCGGUUUUUGUUCAGACAACCAUUGUAUGUGAAAAUUGAUGCAGCUUUUAAAAUACAUCUACGUGUUUACACUUUUGUCA